AUGAAGACUGACAUCCAGAUUGAAGUGCCAUAUGGAACCUAUGGACGGGUCGCAUCACGUUCGGGCUUGGCAUUGAAAAAUUUCAUCGAUGUUGGUGCCGGUGUUAUCGAUCAAGACUACCGUGGCAAUGUUGGUGUUAUUCUGUUCAAUCAUUCCAAUGAGAAUUUCGAUGUCAAGAAAGGUGACCGCAUCGCUCAAUUGAUUUGCGAACGCAUCGUUUACUCAACAUUGGUCCAAGUGAACACCUUCGCAGACACAAUUCGCGGUGCUGGUGGCUUUGGUUCCACCGGAACUCAAUAA